AUGGCGUCCCAACUAGAUGAACUAGUGGAAUUUUUACAUUCCCCACAACCUGCCGUGAGACAAAUUGCUAUUGAUAAUUUGGUUGGAUUCAGUGCGGGCCCAACUUCAAAGAUUUUCAAGAAUGAUAACUUCAGACCUAUUAAGGAUAUCAUAAAGAUGAUUAUGGACCCUGAGCAUGGUACCCGUGUUAUUAUUCAGCAAGGUGUUACUAUCUUGGUAAACUUGUCUGAGGAUAGCUUGGUGAGAAAUAUUAUAUUAAAUAACGAUAAACAGUUCCUAAAGUUUUUGGCUUGGAGAAUUGUUGAUUUGACUAAUCCUAACGCUGAUAUCAUGUGCAUUUUAUUGAGCAAUUUAGCAAAGGAUGAUGAUAUACUUGCCAUUUUGAAUAUUAGAAGGAAUUCUAGUGGUGAAGAAAUCGAUGAUGGCUUGAAGCUAACAGCUUUGGAUACAAGCAUAUUCAAGAGUCUGAAAGCUAUGGACUGUUUGAUGGACUGUUUUGUUAAAGGUAAUGAUAGAAAAUUGACAAAGUUCGCUAACUUCAACUAUUUAGCCUAUUUCUUUGCUGAUAUUUCCAGAUUUAGAUUGGGUAGGAUGUAUUUCAUUGAAGAACAAGAAUAUGAUCUUGUUGUCCCCAUUUCCAAACUGCUAGUCUUUACUGAAAAGUAUGAUGCAAAGAUUAGAAGAGAAGGUGUCGCUUCUACAAUAAAAAAUUCUUUAUUUGACUCAGAAACUCAUGAAAGACUACUCAAAGAUGAAAAUAUAAAUCUGUUGCCGUACAUUUUGUUGCCUAUUGCUAGUGCGAAGGAUUCCGAAAUCGAUGAAGAAGACAUGUUUAAUUUGCCUGAUGAAUUACAAUUAUUGCCAGAAGACAAGCAAAGAGAUCCCAUUCCUGCCAUCAUAUGCUGCCACUUAGAAAGUAUUCUUCUACUGUGUACAACAAAUGCCGCCAGAGAGUAUUUAAGAAGCAAGUCCGUUUACCCGCUUGUAAGAGAGUUGCACAAAAAUGUAGAAGAUGAGGAUAUUGGUGAAUUGUGUUAUAGAAUUGUUAAUAUGCUAAUGAGAGGUGAGCCUGAUGCCGGUGUCGUAGAAGAAAUGCCAUCAAAAAAUGCUGAAGAUGUUGAAGACGAAAACGAUGAAAAUGAAAAUGAAGAUCAGGAUGAAGAUGAAGAUGAAGACGACGAUGAAAUUGUUGAAGUGGCUUAG